AUGUUAUUGAACUCUGCAGAGGCAGGAGGAGGGCUACAGAAUCUUACCCCGAAACGUCUUCUCCUCUCAGGAAUCAUCAUCAUCAUCCUUGGAGCAGUUUUGGGGUGGUACGGUUUCCCAGAACUAAUUCACUCACAGAUUGCGUCGAGCAUCUGCUUGAAACCAGGAUCCGAAAUACGAGAAAUGUGGUCGAACUUUCCCGAUCCCGUAGGGUUUAAAGUGUACCUUUUUAACGUAACAAAUCCAGCGGAAAUCCAGAAGGGAGAGAGACCUGCCCUGAGGGAAGUGGGGCCCUAUGUUUAUGAUGAGUAUAAGCACAAGGCGGAGCUUCUGGACCAUGAGGAAGACGAUAGCAUAUCUUUCAAUAACCGAGACACAUGGUUCUUCAACAGGCAGCAAUCCGGACAGCUGACUGGAGACGAAAUUAUCACCAUUCCUCAUCUACUUAUUUUGGGCAUGGUGCUGUCAGCAGAAAGAGAUAUGGCGGUCAUGCUACCCGCCAUCACCCGGGCGAUCCCAAUGAUCUUCGGUACGCAGGACUCCAUGUUCCUCACAGCUACUGCCAAAGACAUUCUCUUUGAUGGCGUCCUUAUCAACUGCACUUUGAAGGACUUCACUGCUAAGGCACUCUGCAUGCUGAUGAAAACACAAGGCAAGGACUUCCAGAAAGUGGGAAAGAACGCCUUCAAAUUCUCCUUCUUUGGUGUCAAAAAUGGGACUCUCCAAGAACGCCUGCGCCUGAAACGUGGCAUCCAGAACGUGGCGGAUGUUGGUCGCGUCGUGGCCUACAAGGAGCAGCCGAGAAUGUCAGUGUGGAGUGGCCCCAAGUGCAAUGAGUUUUCUGGGACGGACGGCAGCAUCUUCCCGCCUUUUCUUCAGGACGGCGUAUCUGUACGCGCUUACGCACCUGAUUUGUGCAGUACUUUCAGAUCUUUAAAUGCAAGGUAUGUAGGACCGACCGUUUACAAAGGCAUAAAGGGAAACAUAUAUUCGGCAGAUUUCGGCGACAUGUCUAACAACCCAGACCUCAAGUGCUUCUGUACGACUCCGAAAUCCUGCCUUAAGAGAGGUGUUCACGAUCUUACAAGGUGCACAGGGGCCCCCCUCGCAGUGUCGCUCCCCCAUUUUUUCCGAGCCCACGAAGACUAUUUGAACGAAGUGACAGGACUGUACCCCGAGCAGGCGCGUCAUGAAACUACGCUACACUUCGAACCGUUGACAGGCACUCCAAUGCUGGGAUAUAAGAGGCUGCAGUUCAAUAUUAUUUUACGCAAAGUCAGCAAAUUCACGCCUAUGAAGAAUCUGCAUGCCAUGAUAUUUCCAAUCCUUUGGGUCGAUGAGGGUCUGGAACUGGACGAUAAAUACGUGAGUCAACUGAAAAGUAUAUUUGUGAUUAUCAGUAUCAUAAAUAUCUUCAAGUGGAUAACAAUUGUCGUCGGAGGGAUCCUGGUAGCCACUGGACUGUUCAUUCUGAUUCAGAAGUUGACAAUCAGCGCUAUUCUUGCCUUGGGAAGGAAGUCUCCAGAAGUUUCGCCACGAGAUAUCGAGACGCCAUUGCGUUAUUGA